AUGACCAACCCGUCACCGAACCUGCACCAGAUCGAGGUUUAUCAGCGAGACACUACCACAGUCGUCGGUCGCUGCAUCCCCGCCCAUCAACAGAACCCUUUCCCCAGGUACCCCGCGAACUUCGAGUUUAUGUCAAUCGAAAAUCUUAAGACCUACGACCCCUUCGCCGAAGCCGACGAGGAGGACUCCGGACAGACCAAACAAACCCAGGAGUACAUCCAUAUUCGUAUUCAGCAGCGUAAUGGACGCAAGACCUUGACUACCGUCCAGGGUAUUCCCAAGAAGUUCGAUGCCAAGAAGAUCCUGAAGGUCGUCAAGAAGGAAUUUGCCUGCAAUGGAACCAUCAUUGGCGAUGAGGACUCCAAGAUGGGCGACGUGAUCCAGCUCCAGGGCGAUCAGCGUGCCAAGAUCAAGGAUUUCCUUACCAACAAGGACGAGGGCCUCGGUCUCGAUGCGAAGACCAUCAAGGUCCACGGUUUCUAA